AUCGCACCAUGUCCUCCUCCUCCACCUCGUCAUGGUCUCAGCUCUCCCUGCUCAUCCCUCCCCUCUCGCCCUCCGCCCACAAGGGCCAGGCCGGGCGCAUCGGCGUCGUCGGCGGCAGUGCAGACUACACCGGCGCGCCCUUCUUCGCCGCAUACGCCGCCAUGCGCCUCGGCGCAGACCUGGCGUACAACGUAUGCACGCCUGAUGCGGGCGCAGUCAUCAAGACGUAUGCGCCUGAUUGUAUCGUCAACACCUGCCUCGGAGGACAACAGUCGGAGGAGCAACUACAGCGCCGUAUGAAGCCGCUCUUUGAGCGCCUGCAUGCAGUCGUGAUUGGCCCCGGCCUGGGACGAGAUGAGGCCAUGCAGCGCGCCGGCAGGGCUGCUAUUGAGCUCGCGAAGUCGCUCUCUCUUCCCAUCGUACUCGACGCAGAUGGCCUCUGGCUCCUCGCACAAGAGCCACAGCUGCUGCGCGGCUAUGCGGCGGCGCUGCUGACGCCAAACGUGAUGGAGUUUGCGCGGCUCUGCGAGGCGCUCCACAUCGACACGAGCGCGCCGGACUCGGACGAGGCGGUGAAGCAGCUGGCAAAGGCGCUGGGAUGCACGGUGCUGGAGAAAGGAAAAGUGGAUCGCGUUAGCAAUGGCGACCAAGUGUUGCACAUUGCAGCUCAAGGCGGUCUCAAGCGCUGUGGCGGACAAGGCGACGUGCUGUCGGGCUGUGCGGGCACGUUGGUGGCGUGGAGCACGCUCUCGGCUCGGCGCGCCGAAGUGCCGCAGGCAGAGCGCCUGAUGCUGGCGGCCUUUGGCGCGGCACAUGUGGCGCGCGAGUGCUCGCGCCGCGCGUUUGAGAGCAAAGGAAGAAGCAUGCUGGCGCAUGACUUGCUCGACGAGGUGGGAGGCGCUUAUGUCAAGUACUUUGAGAAGCAGUCGGCAUGAGCUGGACGAGCAGGGAAAGGUGGCAAAGAAGGACGCAGCGCUUUGAUACGCCAUCUCGGACGGCGCGCUGUUUGCGGAGGAGCGCGAUGAAGAGGGGGGGGAAGGAGGGCAGAGGGGAACGCUAGGCAUUCGAGCCCGAUGAAAGCAUAACCACACGCCCACUACGCACACUCUACACGAUUCUGGCUCGCUCGCGCGUCGCGUCCCUUUGAACGGGGCAGUCAGUCACGCAAGAAACAAUCACAGUGCCAG